GGAUCGAACUCAAACUGUGCGCAAACGAUCCAUAACCAGUGAUUUCUUUCCUUCUUUUGUUUUAAGUAUUCCAUGAUCGAAUGCGUAUUGAGGGGAAACCACGCUGGUCGGGUGGGGGCGAGUGCUGAAACCACAUACCUGACGCCAGGAGUAUCGCUGAAAAAACGAAGGGAGAUUAAUAGCGUUUAGCUUCUUUAGUUUUUCUUGGGAAUACUAUUGUUGCUUCUUCGCCAUCCUCCCUUUGCCCUUCGUCGGUCUCCCCCCCCUUCACCUUUGCCUUUUGCAACCCCUGAAUGUAUAGCGCCCAGGGUAUCUUGCAAAGCCCUUUGAUACGCCAUUGAUUUGAGGAUGUAUUGUCAAUAUUUUCACGUAAUUUGUUUACUUUAUAAAGGUCAAUAUCGUUCACGAGCCCGUUUCUCUUCAGAAGAUAAAUAUCUUUAUCACUGCGACAAAGACAAGAGAGUCCAUAGCAGUGUCAUAUUCUGGAAUUGUUCUUUUCCAUCCACAUUCGAAGGCUUGAUUGCGAGCAAUUAAUCCGGAGACACUCAGUUAUAGCACUUUUGCCACGAUCAAGAUUAACCAUGGUUGUCAAGGUUUACGUCGAUCUCCUUUCGCAGCCUUGCCGCGCUCUUGUCAUCUUCCUCAAGAACACCAAAAUCCCGUUCGAAAUUGAGAAAGUAAAUUUGAAGGCUGGAGAACAUAGGAAACCUGACUUUGUAAAGAUAACCCCUCUCUGCACUGUUCCAGCUAUCCAAGAUGGUGACUUCAGCCUGGGAGAAACAGUGGCGAUUAUCAAGUACCUGGCGACCAAGUAUGCAGACCUAGUCCCUGACCACUGGUACCCGAAGGAUCUGGAGAAAAGAGCCAGAGUUGAUGAAUACAUGGCAUUUCAUCAUACAGGAACAAGAGGGGGAUGUUGUGGAAUCUUCAUCAGUGAGGUUCUCAUCCCAUUGUUUUCGGAAGGGAAAGAGCAUGCAUCGGAGGAAAGGUUGAAAAGAGAUACAGAGAAUUUGACCAAACAACUUGAUAAGCUGGAGAAUGCUUUCUUACAGGACAAUGACUGGUUGGUCGGAGUUGACAUCUCUGUGGCGGAUGUGCUUGCCGUUUCCGAGAUGAUGCAAAAUACCAUAAACGGACGUGACGUCACAGAGGGGCGACCGAAGCUCAGAGCUUUCGUAGAUCGGGUGAAGAAUCGUCUUAACCCAACCUUUGAUGAAGUCCACGAAGUCUUGUAUGCAAGGAGGGAUAGCUACGAGAAAUAAAUUUUCUUCAUAACAUUUGUUUUGAAUAAAUUCAAGAAGCUUUGCUUGGCAUCAGAAAUUAUUAUCACCCCUCCCCCCCCUCUCUCUCUCUCUCUCUCUCUUCCUCUAUAAACUUUUUUUUCUGUCUUUUCUUCUCUGUAUCCCUGUCUCUCCCUCCAAAUGUCUCUUUCUGUCCCUGGAUAAUUAUAUUGAACACUGCUGAAAUACAUCCAAUUGCCAUAUCUUUUAUUGCAAAGAACCAUUUUCGUCGACUUUUUAAUAGACCAGAUUGUCAACUUCAUUUCCAUGAAACGAUGCAUCACAUUAUGUAACCAUUUAGUAAAUAGUAAUGAGGUGAAAUACUGGUAAAAUACUAAUCGAGGUUAGCCCCAAUAUAUAAUGCAAUAGUAUUAAUAAUUUAAAACAAUAAUUUCAGCUAAUGUCAGUAAGUACAAUCAUCAUCUUCAGUAUUAAUUCUACUUAUUAUUGGUUCAGAUAAUUGUCAUCUUUAACGAACGUAUUUCAAAAAUUAACAGUAUACAUAUAUCUUCUGUAUUCACCAAAAUUAUGCACUCUAAAAAAUAUUGGGUAAAAAUGCUCCAUGAGGGUAAUUAUUAAACAUUGGGCAUUUCUUUUGGGCAUUUUUAUUUAUCCUGUGUGAUGCAAAUGUUGCCCAUUCUAAAGUAAUUGCUGCUUAUUUGUAACCUUACUGGACAAUAUGCUUCCCGCAUUGGGUCAAAUACUGCCCAAAAAUUGGUUGGAAACAUAAUUACCCUUGUGCUGGUUAAGAUUUUACCCAAUAUUUUUUUACAGUGUACAGAAAGUACUUGUUUAGGCAGUGUAUACAAGCAUCUAAUUAGUUAUAUUCCUCCAACAGCAUUAUUUUGAACAAUUUUCUAGAUAUUAUGCUUCGGAUGUUUUUUAUUUAUAUCACUUGCAGAUAAAUUUCUUAAAAUAGGGUAAAAAAAGAAAUUGAUAUUGUUUCGCUAAUUUGUUGUUAAGAUUCACAUUUCGCUUUUUUUUUUGUUCCUUGAUUGUAGCGAUAGUCAAUAAUGUAAAAUAAUCAACAAAUCUAUGCAGAAACAGAUUAUGAAUUAAAUCGUGCAUAAUAAACUCCUAUCAAAAUAUUUGCUUGAUUUGUACGCCAGUAGAUCGGAAACGUGUGUUUAUGGACAAAUAAAGUGAGAUUGUUUUAAUUUAUGAA